AUGGCAUGGAUCUCAGAUGGCAAAGGUUGUCGUAUUCAAUUUGCCACCUACGACGAAAUCGAUGAUGCCAUGUUGCAAUAUUGGCCUGAAGAUGACGAUAAAGAUUUGACUACCACAAUCGUGAAGCGCGGAUGGGCAUUUGUGGAUGGUGGUAAAGCACACCACACGAUGCAUCUGCAUAAUCUUGAAUCAAAACUUUUGAAAAAGGAUACUUUGUACAUGUACCAAGUGGGGUCGGUCAAGGGCAGCGCAACGUUGUGGUCGGACGUUUACAAGUUUCAUACGCCAUCUUCGGGUGACACAUUUGAAUUUGUCGCGACUGGUGACAUGGGCACAUCUAAUGCAGUUUCCAUGCCAAAUUUGCUACGAGUAGCAAAUCAACAUCGCUAUGACUUUAUUGCGUUUGCUGGAGAUCAAGCCUAUGACAUGGCUGACUUUAACGGAACCAAGGGCGACGAAUACAUGAACUUUGUGCAAGACAUUUACGCCACGAUCCCGGUCAUGGCCGCGCCAGGCAACCACGAGAACACGUACAAUUUUUCACACUACAAGAACCGAUUCAGCAUCAAUCCCUAUGCUGAAUCUGGGUUCGAUGACCCGACCAUGUACUCGCUCGAUUACAAGUCGUUGCACCUCGUCUCCUUUUCAUCCGAAGUGUUUUUUGACGAAGGAUCGCCCGAGCAGAUCCAAACCGCGUUGCAAUGGUUGGAUCAAGAUUUGGCCAAGGCAAACGCCAACCGUCACAUCAGGCCCUGGAUCAUGGUAUUUGCCCAUCGCCCAUUGUAUUGUUCGCCCUCUGAAUCCGAAGACUGUACCGACAAGGCGGACAUUAUGCGCAAUGGGCUCAAAGAGACUGACUUUGGUGGUCUGGAGGCUUUGUUUUUAAAGCAUCGCGUAGAUAUCUAUAUCUGUGGUCAUCGCCAUAAUUAUGAACGAACAUAUCCUCUUGCACACAACAAGCGAAUGGCCACGUCAUACUAUCAACCACCUUCCUUUUUCCAGCUUAUUGUGGGUAACGCUGGAAACUUCCAAGGCACAGACUCGUUUGAGAAUGCCAGUGUGCCGAUCGCCGACUGGUCCGCGCUGCGCUAUGAAGGCUAUGGAUUCUCAACAAUCAAGGUGUCUCCUACAAAACUACAGAUCUCACAUCAUCAAAGCUUGCCCAAGGAUGGUGCUUUGGGCCGCAUGGUGGACCGUGUUAUUGUACGCAAGCCAAGAUAUACCAACGGUCGUCGUUUACGAUGCAGUAGUAAUGCUGCAGCAUCCACUAAUUAUGCUUUCGAUAACGAAGAAGACGAAACCACUGCUGCUUAUUCCAGCGGAAGAUCUUCCAUAUCUUGUUCUAUGCAUCAUCACCGUCAUCAGAUUAUACCAUAA